UCAGUUAUCAACGAGCUGUGUCCGUGGGAGGAUACGUGCCGUGUGUCUGGUCUGUGCUCAAUUAAUUUACCGAGUAGUGUGGAUGAAGUAAGUGUGAACACCCAGUCGGGAUAUAAGGAAGCCCUAAGUAAUUCAUACCAUCGGAUCCUACGUGGAAUACUUGAGCGUUGAUCGUGACUCGCACCUAAACACAACCUACCAACCAAAAUGGGUAUCCGCCACUCCAAGAAGUCCCACGACAUCCAGUCCAGCCCCAAGAAAAAUGGGAGCACUGCCGACACAGAGGUGAAGAUCAAAGAGCUGCCCGAGGACGCCCCCGUCAAGUUAGAGGAGGCGAAGGCGGUGGAGACCAUCGAGGAGGCAGCCGAGAAGACAGUCACGACGCCGAACGGGGAUGGCACCGUAGAGCAGACGCAGGUGGAGGAAAAGAACGAAGCCAACAAGGAAGACGCGAACAAGGAGACGGAAACAAAGGAAGAGGAGAAGAAGGAGGAAGAGAAGAAAGAAAAGAAAGUCAAGAAGAAGAAAUCAUUCAGGAGUUUCUCGUUCCUGCGUCGGGAGAAGAAGGUGGCGAAGGUGGAGAACACAAACGGAGAUGUUGCCAAAGAGGAGGUAAGAGACGCAGCCGAUGAGUAGCGAAUAGCAUCACGU